AAAAAAUCAAUGAUACCAAUACAAAUAUGCUUACACUCACAAUUAAAAAUAGUCAUCUUCCGGUGGUCUACUCACAGCUGCAUACUUCUAUUAUUACAGGCAAUUACAUCAAAGGGUGGUUCUUUCCUUGAAGCUCCAGUUUCUGGAAGUAAGAAACCUGCAGAAGAUGGUCAACUGGUAAUUCUUGCUGCUGGGGAGAAGGCAUUGUACGAUGAAGCGAUUCCUGCUUUUGAUAUCAUGGGGAAGAAGUCUUUUUUCUUGGGGCAGGUUGGAAAUGGAGCUAAAAUGAAACUUGUGGUCAACAUGAUAAUGGGCAGUAUGAUGAAUGCAUUUUCUGAAGGGCUUGUAUUGGCUGACAGAAGUGGACUGAACCCUCAUACUCUUCUUGAUGUAUUGGACCUGGGUGGAAUUGCUAAUCCAAUGUUUAGGUUGAAAGGACCCACAAUGAUACAAAACAAUUACUCCCCUGCAUUUCCUCUGAAGCAUCAGCAGAAGGAUAUGAGGUUGGCUCUUGCUCUUGGGGAUGAAAAUGCGGUAUCCAUGCCAGUAGCAGCUGCUGCCAAUGAGGCUUUCAAGAAAGCUAGGAGCCUGGGAUUGGGGGACCUUGACUUUUCUGCUGUGUAUGAGACCGUGAAGACCCUUGAACAUUCAUCCUGAUACAGUGCAUCUGCUCGAGGCCUUGAACCACAAUAGGGCACAAUCAUCCUUGGUGAUUUGGGAAGUUAAGGACUUGUGAUGUAGUUAAUGACUAAAAUUAUGCAUAUGAAUUCUCUGUUUGUAAAAACUAGUUCACUGUGAGGAACAAGAAGUUCUGGUGUUGCCAGAUUGUUUGUAUACUCGGUCCAUCACCAAGGAAGGAGCUCUUUUGAAAGUGACAACAGUGAAAAUAUCAUACCAGGCUUUGUCCUUGUUUUUUGUUGCACAUUUCUGUAAGGGAACCAUCCAACAUAGCCCAUUAUCCUGAGGGCCACAUUAUUAGUGGAACUGAGUUUAUCGAUUGGCCUAAAUAUGUCUGACCAAGAUUCUUCUUAAGUUUUGAAUGAAAAAUCUGGCUUGUAUGAAGAGCCCAAUGACCAUAA